AUGGCGGCACAGAGUGAGGGUGGGGGUAAAGACGAUAUCAAAACACAUUUCGUUACCCGCGAAGGAUCCUAUAAAUUAAUGCACCAUUCGGAGUAUUCCAAGCCCAGCCGUGUGGCAUUUAAUGGACAGACAAAUACCCCGGUGAAAGUGUCAUUUGUUGAUGUCAAUGAUGGGAGCUCGUCGCCGGAUCGCUUGUGUUUCAAUGUUGGCAGGGAGCUCUAUGUGUAUGUUUACAAAGGUGUUCGUAAGGCUGCCGAUCUAACCAAACCCAUUGACAAGCGCAUUUACAAAGGGACGGUACCCACUUGCCACGACUUCAACCAGCAGUUUUUCUCCCCUGAAAGUGUUCUCCUGUUGGUGGGGUUUACAGCGGGUCAGGUCCAGCUUAUAGACCCCAUCAAGAAGGAGAUCAGCAAGUUGUACAAUGAAGAGCGCUUGAUUGACAAGACAAAAGUGACCUGCAUCAAGUGGGUUCCAGAUUCCCCGAACCAGUUCCUGGUAUCACACAGCUCUGGCCAGAUGUACGUUUACAACGAGGAGCUGCCAUGUGGGCAGACGCCUCCUAACUACCAACCAUUCAAGCAGGGAGAUGGCUUUGCAGUUUACACCUGCAAAACCAAAAGUACACGCAACCCUUUAUAUCGUUGGGUUAUAGGUCAUGGGGCCAUCAACGAGUUUACCUUUUCUCCGUGUUCUAGGUACCUGGCUGUUGUCGGUCAAGAUGGGCAUAUGAGAGUGUUUAACUAUAAUACUAUGGAGUUAGUGGGCACCAUGAAGAGUUUUUUUGGUGGGUUGUUGUGUGUGUCCUGGUCACCUGAUGGCAAGUAUUUGGUGACCGGCGGAGAGGACGAUUUAGUUACUGUCUGGUCUUUCCACGAAAAACGUGUUGUAUGCAGAGGUCACGGCCACAAGUCGUGGGUGAACAUGGUGGCCUUUGACCCAUAUACCUCUAUAGUUGUUUCUAAGGAGGAUACUAGUGAAGUUCUAGCUUCAGAUUGGGAGGUCGUCGCACGGCACUCGCCGUCUGCAGUUGGGGAUGGGAACAAUCAUAUAGGUAAACUAGAUACAGAUAUUAGUGCUGAGGACGAUCCAGCCAACUGUAUGCCCUCACAGCAUCCAAACGGCCACCAUAUAGGUACAGUCAAUCAUAAUUCCUCAUCUUCAUUAGAGACAAGCACAAGUCUAAGUUGCAUUUCCUAUCGUUUCGGUUCAGUGGGUCAGGAUACUGAACUGUGUUUAUGGGACCUCACCGAGGACAUCUUAAAGCAGCCAUACAGCAAAUCUCGGACUAGCAGCGUUGGCUUGUCGGCUUUAAAUUCUUCUUGUUCGUCAUUGCCACGCUCUAACAGUCUACCACAUUCACAGAAGACAAACUCUGUCGGUGCUGUCGUUAGCAAUGACAGUUCUGCAGCGCAUGCAAACUCUGAUGGACACGUGUGUCCAGUACAGAACGCCGUCACAAACACUGGCUCUAAAUUUGCAACUCUGGGUGUGUCUGAACGCAAAGAGAGCAACGAGAAAAAAGAGCAUAAAAGAAACUUCAGUUUAGCAGCAAGAAAUAGUGAGAAGUCUUCGGCUGUGAAAUCAAAUAAUAUUCGUUCAGUGGAUAGUUCUGUGAAACUGUACGGCACACAGGCAUGUCCUCGACUUGACCAGGUGCCCAUGUUAGAACCUUUGGUGUGUAAGAAAGUUUCACAUGAAAGACUGACCUCCGUCACAUUCCGCGAUGAGUGUAUAGUUACAGCCUGCCAGGAGGGAAUAGUCUUAACCUGGGCCAGACCUGGACAAGUGGCACGGGAUGUUGUUGACUAG